AUGGCAGCGGAAAGUGAACUGGAUCGAAAUGCUAUUUUUGAAAAAUUUGCUUCCAUAAAACGAAUGCACGAUGAAAUUGGUCGACAGCAGACAGAAGAUUUUCGAAAACGUUUAGAGAAAUCAAAAGAAGAUGAAAAUAAUUUUAUGUGUAAAUUAGUUUCACAACAAGUUUCAAGUCAUCCGCAACAAGAUAAUUCUGGUCGCGCACAAAAUUCUGCACGCCGUGAUCUAUUUCUGACAUCGAAAAAUGACACGAAUCAAUCACACAUUUCUCAAUCACAACAGAAUCAUCAUCAACAACAGCAGUAUCAAACCUACAAAGCUCCGAGUCGACCUCACCAUCACGAUCCGUAUGAAAAUGGUGAUCAUGAUUGGAAUAUCGACGAUGACAUUCAACCACUGAAUAUUACGGAUAAUGAUGGUUUCGAUGAACGAUUACCAAAUCGUUUAGCCAAUGAUGACGACAUCGAAGAUGCAUAUCUGACUGCUUAUCAUCAGCUAUUACAAACUCAUCAACAACAGCAUCAAAUGAUGGCUCAACAAGAACAAGAAAAUAUGUUAUCGACCAUAUUAGAAGCAUCUUGUGAAGACGCGACACCCAUGACAUCGUUGGUUGACGUUCAUCAGCAACGAUUACAAUUGUCACCAACCCGUCGAACACCAGUUGCUCAGGUUCAUUACGAAAACGAGGAAGAAGAUGUCGAAGAAGAACAAGAGGAAGAAGACGAUGACGACAAUGACAUCAACGAAUUAACUGAUCGACCGAAAGCACCUUCAUUUACUUCGAUCGAUGAUAUACCUGUUUCGACGGUAUUUUCCAAGAAUGAGAGUUUGAAAUACAGUGAAUACAUUCAUCAGAAACUUCAAUCGGAGUCAAAACGAGACAUGACUCGAGAUAAUUUCAAGCAGAACGAUAAAUCGUCGAAUUCUUCCAAAUUAGCCUACUCAUUCUCGAUAAUUCAAGAUAUCCUUCAAUGUCCAUUAUGUCUCGAUUGUUUCCAAGAUCCACGAGUAUUGCCAUGCCAACAUGUUGUUUGUUGCUCAUGCAUACCAUUAAUCAUCUCAACCAAUAAAGUCUGUUCGAUCGUUACCUGCCCACUGUGCCGUCUUAUAUUUCCCUAUACAAAUGCUAAACAAUUUCCUGUUUCGUAUACGCACAAUCAGUUGCGUGACUUAGUACCAACGAAUUAUGACAUUAAAGGUCGGUGUUCGAAAUGUAAAGAAGUUCAUCAAUUGAGUUUUUGUCCGUGCUGUGAUUAUCACAUAUGCGACAGAUGUCUCAAGAAUGACCGACAGAAUGCGCUGAUUCAUUUGGAAACGAUUCUUCAGACAUAUCGUAAUGAACUCGAUCGUUUUCAAGAGAAAUAUUUAAUGGAAAUCCGUGGUCUAAUGAAAAGAGGAGAUACCAUAUUACAAAACCAUCAAACUGUGUCAUACAACGAUAUUCUAUGGCUAUUUUAUCGUUUGAAAUACAUUUAUGAUCAGAUGAACACACUACCCGUAACAUACGUUAAACGAACUCAUGAAGAUAUUGAUCAAGAAAGCGAAUCACCAAUUAAACAAAUGCGAUCAGAACCAGGGGCGCUCACCGUUGUUGAUGAUGAUGAUGAUGAUGAUGAUAAAGAUGAGGAGGAGGACGAUGAGAUCAUAUAUUUAGAUACUAUAAAAGCUUCAAAACAGGAAGAAUAUAACAGUCAAAAUCAAAAACUGAAAGAAAAACGACCGUUUCUACGUAAACGUCAAGGUCUUGCGCACUAUCAAGCGCCGCCAAAGCGUCGCCAGUCAUGUCCAAAACUUACUGACAACAAUGCGAAUGCCAGUGUUUCUACCACAGCGAAAAAUGAAACAACUAAACGACCCACAAGUGCCAACAGUACCAGUGGAAAUCCCCGUUCGACAGGAGCAGCAGCAACAGCAACGAAUAAUUUGUCGAAUCCACGAGCUCGUUCUCAAUCUUCAUCGACGACAUCCGGUCGACAAACACCCACGAACACACGUCCUUCAUCAAAAGCUAAACCAGCCAAACAAACUAAUAGCUCGACUUCUGUCAAACCAACAGCACCAACUCCUACACCGAGUAAUCUCUUAGGAAAAGUAGAUUUAGACGAUGAAGAUGACUUACUAAUAAAAUAUCAAUCAAAGAAACCUUCUAUGGAGACCAACAAAACUGACCAUAAUGAUAAAUUUCAUUCGAAUAUUCAAACAAUGAUUGAUACGAAAUGGAAUACAUACAAAUCAUCAUUUCAUCCGACUGAAGACGAGCCAAAUGUGAACAAUGUUGAUGAUGACGAAGGCGACGAUGACGUUGACCUAUAUUCAACAGCUCGUCAACGUACAUCCAGUCGAAGUAGUGGCACACAAUCCAAAGUUUCAUAUGUGCAACCUAAAAAGGAUUUAGACGAUUUUGAAAAAAUCGAACAGUAUGCUGAAGAACAUCCGUCUAUGAUCAGUACUGCUUCUUACGUAGAAAAAGUUGUUUUUAAGGAUCAUCAGCAGACCAAAACAGCUGAUCUAUUUGUGAAUCGUUUAGCUCGUUACCAUGACGAAGUAGAAGAAGAUGAGAGUCAUUUACAUCAUGAAGAAACAACAGAUGUAUUAGUAAAUCCAAAUCGCAUUCGACAACGGAAAGUGAUACCAUUUAAAAACAAAGUCAACGCACGUAUCGAACAACUAGCAGCGACUGCUGCCAUCACAAGUGAUAAAGACGAGAAUGAAGAUGAUGAUGACGAUCGUGAUCAUGACGACGACGAUGAUGACGACGAAGACCGUAAAUGGGAUAAUAUAGGUGUUGCUAAAAUUAUACCCGUCACUGGUGAUGAAUACAACAGUGACAGCGGUAUUAGCUCGUUCAAAACCGACUUUCCCAAACAGCAACAACAGCAUUUGUAUCAACAGCAAAAGAAGGAUUCUGCUCGUUCGUCUGAUUUCGGAGAUGAUCAAUCAUGGGCUGAUCGUGUAUCUGCACCACCCCCGCCCCAACUAAACUCUUUAAUGCUCAAUACAUUUCCGGGUUUGCGACAUAACGUGCCAAAAGCUACGCCUGCACCAGCGCCACCUCCACCACCGUUAUCACAGAAUAUUACUGAACAUAAUCAAGAUUACAGUCGUUUAGUACGUGAAAAGGCUAAGGAAUUGGAAAAACAAAUAGAACUUUUCGAAAAAGAAAACGCAAAAUUACAAUCACUUUGCAAUGAACGGAAUACAGCUAUAAAAAAGCUCAAGCAAGAUCGUGACGAUUUCGAAAAGAGUAAACAGAAGGAUAUAGAUGAGUUCAAUCGCAUGAAAGAAGAAGAAAUGAAAAAGUUAAGACAGGAAAAGCGUCUAUUCGAGCAACAUCGACAGCAACUUCGUGACCAUCCAGACAAACGUGAACGAGAAGAGAUCGAAACAUUGAAAAAACAGGUGCUGACAUUGCAAGAGGAUCUCAAACAACGUGAAACGCGUUGGUCAACGACAAUUAAUCGUUUGAAAGAACGUAUAGAAACGCUUGAAUACGAAAAUGCUGAAUUGAAACAAGAAAAGGACAUUAUCGAACGAAAACGUUUAGAUCUUAUGCAUCAACUGCAAACGAUGCCCAAACAACAGCAACAAUUCCAGGAUGAUACAUCAUCAUUGUCAACAGGAAGAAAAUCAAUCGCAGAACUUUCUCAACCAAAACAACGACCGAAAAGCGCCAUGCCAAUAACAUCGAAAGUUCAAUCAUUGCCAAAAACAAUGGUAGUCAGAAAUUCGGAACCAUCGACUAAGCCGAAAGUGACCUCCAAUGGUGGUGGUCGACGAACGCCAACGACAACGACUGUCGGUGUGAAUGGCAUUAGAAACAAUGUCGAUACAUCACGAAAACUUUCGUCACUACCAGCAACGAAACGUCCAACAUCGUCUAUGAAUGAAUUUGGUGGAGCAAUCGAAUCAAUACCGAUACCAACAGUUAUCGAACAACCAUUAGUUAUUUCAGAAAGAGCUGACUCAGGCAAUGGAGAAAGCGAUGAAGAUAUCACUCGAUUCGAACGUGCAACUGAUGAUCGAAUGUCACCAUCUUUAUCAUCUCUCCUUAAUUCUGACUAUCCGAAAUCUUUCGUCGACGACGAUGGCAAUGAUGACUUGAAUCCACCAACUGCACUUGAUUAUAAAUCAUUACUCACAAUGGCAACACGUACAUCAUCAUCAGCAACAACGCUUCUCAAACGACACCAAGAAACCUUAUCACUUCUGGAUCAACCAACAAUCAAACGGCAACCAUUAAGCAUAACAAACAACGACUCCCUCAAUCCAACACCUCGCGUGAACAUUCCGACGACCGCAAAAGGAUUUGCAUUCAAAGAAAAUCUUCCAUCAUUAUCCAGCGAUGGUGUUAUCGAAGAGAUUCGUCACAAUGAUGGACGUAUCGAACGUAUUAAAUCGGAUCAAUCGAAGCAGAUUCUCUUUCCUAACGGAUCCAAGCAAGACAUCAGUGCCGAUGGGAAACAUAUACGUGUUCAAUUUUAUAAUGGCGAUUAUAAAGAAAAAUUCUCCGACGGCCGUUGUGUGUAUAGAUAUGUGACUACAAAUACAACUGAAACCGAAUAUCCAGAUGGGACACGUGUAUGUGAAUUUGGCAAUGGACAAAUUGAAAAACAUUUACCUGAUGGAAGACAAGAACAUAUUUUGCCUGAUAAAACAAAGAAUAUUUAUUUAACUGAUGGAACGAUCAUUUCGAUAAAACCCAAUGGAGAAAAGUUUAUUCAGCAUCCAAAUCAAACGAAAGAAGUGCAUACGGAUACAUAUAAAAGGAAGUUAUUUCCCAAUGGUUCAAUUUUAACAGUAUUUAAUACAGGUGAACAAGAAGUUCGAUAUGCAAAUGGAAAGAUCAAAAUCAAAGAUGCACACGGCAAUAUUAUUGCGGAGAAAAAGACUCCAAAAUAG